UAUGGUCAGCCAUAUGAACCACAAAACCUUCAACCAACCAUCGAAUACUUCUUUUUUUCAGAUCUUUCUGUUGAAAGAUUUGUUUUAAUUUAUAAAACCCCUAAAGAAUGGAUCAUAUGAGGAUACAUACUUACAAGACUCGAGCAAACAAGAAGCAUAAAGGGCAACAGUUGUUGAAUGAUUUCAUCUUGUAUUCCUUGACUACAUUAGCAUGUACCUCAUUCUGUUCUAGUCCCUUGUGGUAUCCUCCAUUCUGUGCCACCUUCAAUGUCUUUUUCUUCUUCUCUCUCCCAAAGAUCACUUCGUUUUUCUUCACUAGCAAGGCUCUCUUCAUCGUGGGCAACCUCAUUGUCAUCUUCUUAUUGGGAGAAUCAAAGUUUUUCGCUUCUAAGUCUAAGGCUUACAAUCAUGUCUCUCAACUUCAAGUUAUCUCCGUAUCACAACAACCAAAGGUUAUUAAAAUAAUCACUGAGGAAAUUUCCAAUCACGAAUCAAUGCCUUGUGAACAACACGGUGAUGAUACGUUUUUUGAGACAUACAAUGACGAAGAAACAUAUGAAUGUGUUGUCGAUAAUAAUGUUGAAUCAUCCACUCAUGAGGAGGAUUUGAGUUGUUCAAAGCUGGAGCCAAACGAAGUAGAGGAAGAGAAACAUGGGGGGCUGGAGGAAGACAUGGAAUUGAGUUUACCUGCAGAAGAGUUGAACAAGUUGGCUGAUGAUUUUAUUGCAAGAAUCAUCAGACAAAGAAAGCUUGAAGCUGAAUAUUGUAGGAGUUAAAACUGUAAAGUGAAUGGGAUGAAGGAUGUGAGUAGAAUUUUCAGAUGAACUAAAUAGAAUGCUAGAAAUGAAACCAUGGAAAAACAAGCAAUAUAAAUUAGCCUCCUUUAAUA